CCACUAUAUAAAGCAGUCUAGUUUGAGAUUGUUCUCAUUUCAGUUUCAUAAGGAGAGAUCUGGAAUCCGCGUCGGAAUUAACGGGCAGCUGAAGUCUUGGUAUCUACUGACCACUGCUUUUAUAAAGAUGCCCAACUGGGGUGGUGGAGCGAAGUGCGCUGCUUGUGAGAAGACUGUGUACCAUGCAGAGGAGAUGCAGUGCAAUGGACACAGUUUCCACAAAACAUGCUUCAUCUGCAUGGUCUGCAGGAAAGGGCUAGACAGCACUACAGUAGCAGCACAUGAGUCUGAAAUAUACUGCAAGACGUGCUAUGGGAAGAAGUAUGGUCCAAAGGGCUAUGGUUAUGGACAGGGUGCAGGAGCCCUGAGCUCCGACACAGGGGAGCAGCUGGGAAUUGAACAACAGGAAACAAAGCUUCACCGCCCAGCAACAAAUUCCAACUCCAACAAAUUUGCCCAGAAGUUUGUGGGUGCAGAGAAGUGCUCUCGGUGUUCCAGAUCUGUCUAUGCUGCAGAAAGGAUGAUGGGAGGGGGGAAGCCUUGGCAUAAGACAUGCUUUCGGUGUGCCCUCUGUGGGAAAAGUCUGGAAUCGACAACAGUGACUGAUAAAGAUGGAGAAAUCUACUGUAAAGUUUGUUAUGCAAAAAACUACGGUCCGAAAGGAAUGGGCCUUGGAAACCUGGGAUGUGCUGAACAGCAAGAGUAAAUUAUCAAAAACAUUUACAAACAUUUGUAUCCCCCCCCCCCCCCAAGUGUCUUAAAAACACUUCAGUUUAAUAAUGUAAAUGUUAUUGUAUCUCCUUAUCUGCACUAAUGACUUAAAUAACGACUUUGUUUUUGCUUUUUGAUUAAAGGCAGCGACAUGUAA